GUUUAACCAAACUGUUUGGGCGGCCCAAGAUUUUACUGGUCCAGAUUCUCCAGUCAGUGGACUGGAAUUCUCCAGUUACCUCAGAUGCAACUCAGAAUCCAAGCUCAUCAUCCUUAGCUUUUCCCACCAUAUCUACACGAAAAAUCCAGAACCCAAAAAAAAUGGUCAACUGAAAACGAUUCAAAUGGCAUUGGUGUCACACUCCACAUCAUCUUGUAUCACAAACUCACUCUUUAAAUCCCACUAUAUUAUUAGGAACAAUCUUGAGCCGCCAUGGCUAUGUCACAAAAGAAGCUUGUUUAUGCUUACCCAAAAUGUUCGUAAUAUACAUAGACCAACACGUGUCUCCUUUCAGCUUCCUCUUUUACUACAUCUUCGUCUUGGUCCUCGUUUUUGUUCUCUUCCGUUUAGCUCUAGUUUUCUUGUUCCUUGUACUUCUCUUCCUCUUCUGCACAGAUUUCGUUCACCUCAUUUCUCAUCUCCUAUGUCCUCCUUAACCUCUGAUCAAAAUUCCAAUGCUACCCCUGAUGUUAAAACUGUGAGAACUGUGAUUAAGGGGAGAGUCCAAGGGGUGUUUUACAGGGACUGGACUGUGGAGAAUGCUAAGGAGUUGGGAUUGAAGGGUUGGGUGCGAAAUCGGAGAGAUGGAUCUGUGGAGGCUUUGUUUUCUGGAAGCCCAGAAAAGGUUCAGGAAAUGGAGCAAAGGUGCCGGAGAGGUCCACCAGCUGCUAUUGUCACUGGACUAGAUGUCUAUCCCUGUGAUGAUGACCCUGGAACAGGGUUCGAACGCAGACAAACUGGUUGAUCAUGUUGUCUAGGCUAGCCUGUAGGUAAUGCCAAAGCUGAAUAAUAUUCUUGCUUUUUCUAACUUGCUUGCUUCAUGUUGAAAUAAGCGGUAAUAAGCAUACAAUUUUUGUACAUACAGGUUCUUUGAAAUGUUUAGGAUUUUAUAAUUGAAUGAUCUUAUUGAUGUUAUGCUUUCAUGCAUUCA